AUGUCCUCUCGUUCUGACAGCUUGGAUACGAAUGAAGAAGACGAGAGAGAGCUCAUUGCGAGCUCCGUACAAGAGGAGUCGCAUGCUCUUGAAGAAACACCACCUGUCGAUGAAACAACCACUCAUUCCGUUGAUAAUGAAUCAAUUCAAACUUCAUUAAAUCACCAUGAGCCAGUUUCACCUCAAGAGCAACAACAUGAAGAAAAACCAAUAACUCCACUUCCUAAACUACCCAUUAUCAUGAUCUCAAUAUUAAUUAUUGCUGAAGCAGUUGGUUUUAGUAUUUUAUAUCCCGUAGUUCCUUUUAUGGUGAGAGACUUUUUAUUGCUGGAACAAUACAAUUCUACAUCAACAAUGUCUGCCAUCAACCAUAGCAGAAAUAUUGAUAUUCAUCAUGCAUUUUCCUCAUCCCAUGGUCAUCACCAUCCAAAUUAUUUAUUCCUUCCAAGGAAGAGUUCAUUAUUUUUCAUUUCCGAGUAUCGCAACAACAAUUUUGAAAGUUUGAAGAUUCUUGGUGAAGAUUUCUCUCAUCAGGACAACAAUUUUGUAGGCACCCCAGUUUUAAACAAUAAUACCAAUCAAACCAAUCAUGAAAUUACAAUUUCAGAAGAAAGAGUUGGUUUAUUGGUUGGAAUUUUGGCAUCAGCAUUUUCAUUGGCACAACUUUUUUCGAAUUGGUUCAUUUCCAGAGCGAGUGACCAUAUUGGACGAAAACCGUUUUUAAUGUUUGGAUUAAUUACAAAUGUUGUGUUCCUUUCCUUAUUUUCAAUAUCUAGGAAUUUUUGGUAUGCUCUUGUUAUAAGAAUAGUUCAUGGUUUGUUAAACGCGAACAUUCCUAUUUACAAAUCAUUUCUUGUGGAUAUUACAGAUGACAGUAAUCAACAGAAAGCGUUUGUGAUUGUAUCAAUCUUAUGGGCUAUUUCCAAUGUAGUGAGCCCAGGAAUUGGAGGUUGGUUAUCAAGACCGAGUGACAAAUGGUCUUCUCUUUUGGGAGGAGAAGGCAGCUGGCUUUACAAUUUUUUUGCUUACUACCCAUACGUUUUGGCAUUGUCUGUUCCCAUCAUUAUGAAUGUUGCAUCUCUAAUUUUGAACAUGAUAUUUAUGAGAGAGACCCUUGUUAAGAAAUCAAAAUUUGCACAAAAAUUGGAUGAUUUUUACAAUAGCGUGCUUGUGAAACUUCGAAUUAGAAAACCUUUCAAGAAAUAUCAAUCUGAAGACGAAGAAAAUGCAUCAAACACGCUCGACGGGGAAACAAGCAUGGAAACGGAUGAAGUUGACAUGGAAUCCAGAGUCAAUAUUUUGGACGUAGGAACAUCUGAUCUAGCUCUUAAAUCUUCAAUAGAUAAUCACUCAAAAGAAGGCUCACCCAACAAACUCUCAUCAAUUGACAAGGUUGAAGAAGUUUCUAACGAUGAAAACAGCAUGCUCCUGCUGUUGAAAGACAAAACUGUACUGAAAGUCGUGUUUUUGUACAUGUUUCUUGCUGUUGCCACAAGUAUGAUGGACGAAAUGCUGCCUGUUUACAUGAGUAACUCAGUUCAGAAACGAGGACUUGCAUUUGACUCAUCAGUUAUUGGUAUUAUUCUUUCAAUAGGCGGAUUUACUUCUCUAAUUAUGUUAGUGAUUUACCCCAAGAUGGCUAACAUGGUGGGAUUCUUGUGGAUGUUUAGAAUUGGUUUGGUUAUUUAUGCAGUGGUUGCCGCAAGUAUUACAUUUAGCUCAGAGUUGGUUCGAUUUGAAUUUUCCUAUUGGCUUGUCUGGAUAUUUGUGACUGUGUGUGUUUUUAUUAAGGCAUGUGCUCAAGAAGUUUCCUAUACAGCUCAAUUCAUGCUGGUAAAUAAUGCUGCACCGUCACCACGACACAUUGGUAGUAUCAAUGGACUCGCUCACAUAGUGGCUUCUUUAGGUUGGAGCAGUGGACCAAUGUUCGCUGGUCUCCUGUUCAAAUGGGGUCUGGAUUGGGCGGAUCAAAUCCAUGAAGCAAAUCCCACAAGCUUUUUUGGAAAAGUGCCUCUUGUUGACAAGCUCAGCUUUUUUGUUUGCGGUGUGGUUUGUUUACUCAAUUUUGGCCUUUCUCUCACAGUUCCUCGGUGGAUUGUGUCUGGAAGAAGAUAUGAAAAGAGUGUGAAAUAA